UAAAAAAUCAAUCGUUCACGGCUUGGGCUGUGUGUGUGGCAGGCAUUGGGUUGGAUGACUGGCGGCUGGGUGAUGAUAGAAGCCAACAGAAAAGCGAGGGGAGAUACCGGUCGACUGCCGGCCUUUUCCCGUCAUCCGGACGCGAUUGUAACACGGCGACUCCUAUGCUGUUUUACGAAAGUUUAUUUAUUCUGUACGGUAACGACGAUGACUUGAUCCCCCUUUACAAGUCGUUCAAAUUGUGAUCAAUUGCGGCGGUUCACAGCAGUAUCAUAAUCCAUGGCGGAUGCUUUGAGACGAUAGCUUUUAAGCAUGCUACUCCUAAAUAGCAACGCUUUUGUAAUGGUACAUAUUGCACUUGUCAGCUCUAAAGUAUCGGAUGUAUCAGCAGAUCAAACAAAGCUCAGAAAUCCUGUGUCCCUGUAUGCUUGCUCAGAGUGCAUUGAUAGAAAGAUGCUAAGUAGUACAGGAUCUGAGGCUCAUCCAGAUGAUAAGGUUAUUGACAUAAUUGUAACAUAUAGUGAUGCUCUUGGUGCUGUUAGAGCCACUCGUGUGAAGUCUGAGAACCUUUCCAAGUUUUGGGUCUGGAAAAGUCCCACUGAGGUGAAUAUUGAUGGAAACGAGAGUUCUAAGGGAUCGGAGGAUCCACUUCAACUUGGGACUAAUUCUAAGUAUAGUAAUCAUCAUACUAAAGAAGAUGUGAGCCAGUGUGCUGAUAUUAUGCCACAUCAGCAACCAUAUAUGGUGCAUCCAAUGAAACUCAAGCGCAAGUUAACACGGCAGAGAAGAAGGGAACAACGGGCUGCAGAUCUAAUUCGGCAGGACAAAGAAUCAGACAACCAAAUGCAAAAUGCUGCCAUUGAACGAGCCCAAAAGCUGGAUACAACAAUUAAUGGUAAAUUCAAUAUACGGAGGAAAGAAUAUGAAAAUCCCAACUCUGGCUCUAUCCUGAAACUUAUGCGUGACCAGAUCAUAAUGGCAAGAGCUUAUGCAACCAUUGCAAAAGCAAAAAAGAGUAAUAGUUCUUUGUAUGACUCGUUAAUGAAACAUUCUAGAGACAGUCAGUUAGCAAUUGGAGACGCUUCCUCUGAUGCUGAACUGCUGCCAAGUGCAUUAGAACGAGCAAAAGAAAUGGGCCACACACUCUCCACUGCGAAAGACCAAUUACAUGAUUGCAUCAGUUUAGCUAGGAAAUUAAGGGUGAUGCUUCAAUCUAGUGAAACAAGUGUAAAUCAGUUGAAGAAAAAAAGUGCAUUCUUGAUACAGCUAGCUGCUAAAACUGUCCCCAGGCCAUUGCACUGCCUUGCGUUGCUUCUAACAAUGGACUAUCAUCUUCGUGGUUAUGAAGGCAUAGAAUUUUCUAAUAAGGAAAAACUUGAAAAUCCAUUACUUUACCAUUAUGCCAUCUUUUCUGAUAAUGUACUUGCAACAUCUGUCGUAAUAAACUCAACAGUGCUUCACACAAAGGAGCCCGAAAUGCACGUUUUCCAUGUGGUAACAGAUAAACUGAACUUUGCAGCUAUGAAAAUGUGGUUCAUUGCCAAUCCUCCUGCAGGUUCAACAGUUCAGGUUGAGAGUAUAGACAAUUUCACGUGGCUUAAUACAUCUUACUGCCCCGUUUUACGUCAGCUUGAAUCUGCAAGAAUGAUAGAGUAUUACUUCAAGGCGCACCACACUGCUUCCCUCUCUUCUGGGACUGACAAUCUGAAGUACAGAAACCCUAAAUAUUUGUCGAUGCUGAAUCAUCUGCGGUUUUACCUCCCUGAAAUUUAUCCAAAGUUGAAUAAGAUCUUGUUUCUUGAUGACGAUAUUGUUGUUCAAAAGGAUUUGACCCCACUCUGGUCUAUAAAUUUAGGAGGUAUGGUUAAUGGUGCUGUAGAGACAUGCAAGGAGAGCUUCCAUAGGUUUGAUAAAUAUCUGAACUUCUCAAACCCAAAGAUCUCUGAGAAUUUUGAUCCGAAUGCUUGUGGAUGGGCUUUUGGCAUGAAUUUGUUUGAUUUGAUGGAGUGGAGAAGGCGGAACAUCACAGGAAUAUACCAUCGUUGGCAAGACAUGAAUGAGGAGCGAACGCUUUGGAAACUCGGGACAUUGCCUCCUGGGCUGAUCACUUUUUAUAACAUGACUCAUCCACUGGACCGGAAGUGGCACGUGUUGGGGCUUGGCUAUGAUCCGGCGCUUAACAAAACCGAGAUUGAGAAUGCGGCUGUUGUCCACUACAAUGGAAAUUAUAAACCCUGGCUGGAUCUAGCCAUCACCAAGUACAGAACUUACUGGUCUAGGCAUGUCAUAAACAGCAAUCCGUACCUUAAAAUCUGCAAUAUCAAUGAGCGGUAGAAUAGAGAAAAUAAAACUACUAAGUGCCCCCAUCCCCCAUUUAUUUAGAUAUGAUAAGUCUCUUCAUUUCAGAUUCACAGUUUACACUUUACAUCGGGAAAUCAGAAAUGCUAGUGUUUAUUUCAACUUGUAUGCUGAAAUGCCCCAUAAGCCAGAGGGGGAGAUUUGUACAACCGUCUUUCACAGUUGAAUAGAAUAAAUCAUUUUUCUA